CCAGCCUAAGCAUCAGAGCAAGACCUUGUCUCUAAAUAAGUAAAUAAAUAAUAAAACAAAAGAUGACUCUGGCUGCAGGGUAAAGAGUGGAUUAGAGGGGUCAUAUAGAUGACAAAUGAGUAAAAAAGUAAUGGCAGUCGCCAAGGCAGGAGAUAACAGGGUUCUCAGCUGGAAUGGAUUGGUGGAUUUGAGAGCUGUUUUGGAGGUAGAGUGAGCAAGUGUGGAGAGGCCAAGUCCAAGGAUAGUGCUCAGGUUUCUGGCUGGGUGGCUCGAGAAAUGGCAGGGCAUUCACUGGGACAGGGCACCUUGAAGGAGGAGCUGGUUGGAGGUGUGGGAGAAAAGUUCAGGUUUGGAAGUGUCAUCUGAGGUGGCCGUGGGACAUCUGAGUAAGUGACUGUGUGAGACUGAGCUCCAGUGAGAGGUUGAGAGUGUGGAGGGAGGUGGAAAUGGAACCCCUGGAAGUGGAUAAAGAGCCAUGGAAGUAUGGUUCAUUUAAGGGAGAGGCCAGAGAAGUGGGAGGAAAACCAGGACAGUAUUAAUCUCUGAAGCCAAAGGAAGAGAGCAUUGCAAGGAGGGAGUGAUGGUGAAUAGUGGAAUGCCCUGAGUGGCCUAAGUGUCCUGGAUUUUCACUUUAGACUGGGUGGUAUGGUGAAAAGAGUAUGAACUUUAAGUCCUGGCCAGUGGCUUCAAUCCCUGUGACAUGGGACACAUUUGUAACUUCUGUGAGCUCCAGUUUAAUCUGUAAAACGAGUUUAAAAUACCUAGCUCAUAAGAUGCUAUGAGAUUUUGAGGUGGUGUCUAUAGAUGCCUUGCCCAGUGCUACUCUGGGAGUAGAGUUGAGGGUGGGUUGGCAUAGUUGAGGUUGGAGACUGCUGCAGAGGUCAUUAGGAUGGAUCAGUGGAGGCCAGACUGGGAAGACUGAGGGCUUGGUCAGUGGGACUUGGUCAUGAAGCAGCAGGCUGGUGAGUUUUAUGUGUCUCUGAGGUUUCCAACCUGGAUUCCUGGAGUAUCCCCGUGUGGACUGGAGAAGAGGCAAGUGCAGAAGAACUGUUGACCAGGUUUCCAUUUUGGACAUGUUGAAUUUGAGAUGCCUGUGGGCCAUUUGACUGAAAACAAGGAGACAUUAGCAGAGUCCGGGGAGAGGCUGACCUGGGCUGGUGAUGUGGGCGUAACUAGCAUGUGUGUGAAGCCUGGGUAUGGGUGAGGUUACUCUGAAAGGAGAUAAGAGGAGCAGUCCUAGGUGAAGGGCAGGCCAAGGAGGAGAAGGAGAGAGAAACCAGAAACUGCGAGGAGAGGCACUCAGCCAUAUGGCAUAUACCAGAGAGGCCAAUCUUAUGAGGAAUUCCAGUUAUAACUGGCUCCUUUGGUGGAAUUUGAGAUGCACUCUCUUCUCUGUUAAGCAAAUACCGCAGAUUACACACAUUUCAGUUUCAGGUAUGAAGAAAACAUGAAGCACCACCAGUUACAUCCAGUGAUCAAGGCUUUCCUGUGUGGCUCCAUCAGUGGGACCUGUUCUACCCUCCUUUUCCAACCUCUGGAUCUCCUUAAAACACGCCUGCAAACCCUCCAGCCCUCAGAUCAUGGGUCUAGACGUGUUGGGAUGUUGGCUGUACUCUUGAAGGUGGUUCGCACGGAGAGUCUUUUGGGCCUUUGGAAAGGGAUGUCCCCUUCCAUUGUGAGAUGUGUGCCUGGCGUUGGAAUCUACUUUGGCACUCUCUACUCUUUGAAGCAGUAUUUCUUGCGAGGCCAUCCCCCAACCGCCCUGGAGUCGAUCAUGCUGGGGGUGGGCUCUCGCUCUGUUGCAGGGGUCUGUAUGUCACCUAUCACGGUAAUCAAGACGCGCUAUGAGAGUGGGAAAUAUGGCUAUGAGAGUAUCUACGCUGCCCUGAGGAGCAUCUGUCGCAGCGAGGGGCACCGGGGCCUCUUCAGUGGCCUGACAGCAACUCUCCUUCGAGAUGCGCCCUUUUCAGGAAUCUACCUGAUGUUUUACAACCAGACCAAAAACAUAGUGCCCCAUGACCAGGUGGAUGCAACCCUUAUUCCUAUUACAAAUUUCAGCUGUGGGAUAUUUGCUGGUAUUCUGGCCUCACUGGUAACUCAACCUGCAGAUGUUAUCAAAACUCAUAUGCAGCUUUACCCACUGAAGUUUCAAUGGAUUGGUCAAGCAGUGACACUUAUUUUCAAAGACUAUGGACUACGUGGCUUCUUCCAAGGUGGCAUCCCCCGAGCCCUCCGCAGAACUCUAAUGGCAGCAAUGGCGUGGACAGUGUAUGAAGAGAUGAUGGCCAAGAUGGGCCUGAAGUCCUGACCAACAGAGGAUUGGGAAAGGGUGAAAUCUAUUGCCCUGCUUGGUUUCUGCCAAGGGCUGCUGCUGCUGCUUACUAUUCUGCAGUAAGAUGAUGUCCUACCUGGAAAGCCAGGCAGAAAUUGUGUUGCCUUUGCCUUCGGUAAUCCCUUUAAGGAGAAAAUAUAUGGACCUGAUUUGAGCCUUCAGAAUCUCCAAAAGAGAUGUCACCAAUACAUAGAGCACACUGGGGUGUUAGGAGAGACCUCUGCAUACCCUGAGAGGCUACUUGGAAAGGCAUUUUCCCAGGAGAGCUCUGUUAGGUGGCUGUACUUCAGCCCCGCACCUACACCACAGUGUCUCCUUGGGUAUGUUCUUGGGCAAGGAAUCUCAAAGCCAGAGAAGCUGUAAGCUGCCUGCCGGGCCUGAGGAGCUCCAGCCAGGGAAGACUGGAUGUGAGGAGAUGAGUCACUGUCACCAGGUCACAGAAUGACUGAGGUGAUGGUAGGAUGAGAGGAACAGAUGCCCGUCUUUAAUUGGUUCUCAAUCAACUUCUCAGAGGCUCUGGAGAAUGGGACAGUGGCUUUCUAGCCUCUGAAUGUCCAGAUAAAAUUUUUUGAUCUUGGCCCCUGUACUGUUUUACCUCUAAAUUCUGGCAUUUUUUUUUUCCCUGCAAUUAAAGUGUUUUACUUUAUUUAUUGAACUUUAUCAUUGAAAGCCUAAAAGGUGUUGUCACAGUUCUUUUUUCUUUACCUGUGCCUUGUAAAAAUGGACUGAACCCUUUUCUAAAAUAAAAUAGUUCUAGGGUG